AGUGCAAAUCACCAAAAAGUAGGUGUGUCAGGAAUGAUCGCUUUGUUUAUCCAUACAUUGUAGACCAAGGUUUAUCAAGCAAGCUGGGGUACAUAUAUGUACUAGCUACGUGUCUAGUCUCUUCAAUAAUACAUGAUAUAAUUGUAUUAAACUGGAGUCUAGCAGCGUAGAGUUAUAAUAAGGCCAUGCUGAUGGAAGAGAGAGAGGUCCUCUAUAGGAGCCAGAUACACAUGCGGACUAUAUACUGUUGCGUAGUAUAGUCUAUCAAAUUGACAAAAUGGAGAAAAUCACAAUUCAUGGGUUGAAGAAACGGACUGGAGUACAAGACUGGCAACUUAAUUUAGAGUGUAGGGAUGUACACCUGGAAAAAAUAUCCAAACAUAUUAAAUACUACACAGCGUUUGCUACUAAGAUGCAUUUGAAUCCAGGUGACAUUUCUGACAUCAAUGCCACACAUUCGUCUUAUUGCGAGAAAACUGAGCUGGUGCUCAAAAAAUGGAUGAGCACAACCUUCGCCACCUAUCGGGACUUUGUGGAUAUCUGUUUAGAUCUCGAAGUUGGAAAUGUUGCUAAGAAAAUGUGCGAACUUUGUGCAGGCAUUCCACCGUCAGAGAAGUCAAGUGGCAAUCAACAACUCCGAGAGAAGCCUGUUGUUUCAUCAGCAGAGCAAUCUUCAGAUGAGAAUCCUCAGAAUGAUAAUCCUCCAGAUGUCUCACCUUUGUCUGAGCAAAAGCUAUUAUGCACCACUGAACGAGAGUAUGACCAUACACCAAAUGAGCACCAAAGCAAUAUGCCAGAAGAGGCCUUAUAUGGAUCAGUUCGCUUGAGCCAGUUGUGGGGUAAAAAAGUGCUCAAAGUCCACUUCAUGAAUCCGGAGGUGCUAAAAAAAGAUGGCUGGAAGUACGGUGAUGAUCCGUUAUCACAAUCACAAAUUUUGUCGUGGGUGAAGUCGUGGAAUGACAAUGCUGUAUCCUACCCUAAAAUCUCUCUAAGUCCCGCAACAAAGCAAGAUGCAGACAUUAGAGUGACGCUUACCUCAUCUCCUGGUGGUACAUGCUGGUCUUACGUUGGGUCUGAUGCCCAAGACCCCAAGCAUCGGGGAAAGCCUACGAUGAGCCUCGGUUUGCUCAAAUUUACAGACGAACAAAAAAUAAGCUAUGUUCUUCACGAGUUUGGCCAUGCAUUGGGAUUGCAGCAUGAGCAUCAACGAUCUGACUUUUGGGACAUACUGAGCCAGAAAAAUGCAAUAGGUCGUUAUCGAUUCAUCAUUGGAGAGAAAGAAAUGAGGAAAGGUACUGGAUGUGCAAUGGCCUGCAAACAACAUUUCAGAACAAAUUGUGACGUCACAAUUGAUAAGAAAGAGCAAUCUGAGUACGACUCAAACAGCAUCAUGCACUACUGGCUUGACAUAAGGUGGUUGAAGCCAGACUAUCGAGACAAAAGAACCAGAAAGUAUGCAAAACUCACGCAAAAGGAGAAGAGAGUGAUUGAUGGUGUUCACCAACGUGACUUUUCCAAUGGUUUGCUUCCUGAUAAGCCGUCUAAUGAAGACUACAAGGUUUUGAACGAAGCGUAUAAAAAAAGACAAGUAAACCAGGAACCUCAUGCUGGUCUAAAUUCCCCGGAGCCAGGACCAUCCAUUCCGGCCGUAGGUGGCAGCUGGUGGACAAUAAAAUUUUUUUUAUUGCCUGUUGUAGUUGCGUUUUUAGCCAUUUUUUUCUACUUUUUUUCUAGGUGAAAAGGCAUAUACAGACACCGUUUUUUACAUAUAUAGGCUCUGCCGCUUGGUUGUUUAUUUUCUCUACCUAUAGGUUUAUUGUAGACAUGUAUAAUAUAGCGUUUCAGUCUGUUUUUAGGGUACUAAUUUUGGCAGAUUUGUAUAACAAAUUCAUUGCCUUUUUUGGCACAAUUA